UCCCACAAUGCUUUGCGCGCGCGGGGCGCCUCCCGUGAUGCUUUGCGCGCCUCUGCUGGCUCGUGCAGUGCUGCGGGGGGCGUGAGAAGGGCUGCCCUGGCGGCAGCAUGGGGCUGACGGCGGCGCAGAAGGCGCUGUUCCCGCUGCGCUCGGUGCAGGACGUGGUGGGGCUGUUCGAGGCGGAGCUGCGGCGGCCGCAGCCGGACCUGGUGCUGCUCUCCCUGGUGCUGGGCUUCGUGGAGCACUUCCUGGCCGUCAACCGCGUGCUGCCCACCAAUGUGCCAGGCAUCAGCUUCGAGCCGCGGCCCGGCCCCGAGCCCGCCGCGCCGCCCACCUACUUCCCCGUGGCCGACCUGAGCAUCGUGGCUGCCCUCUAUGCCCGCUUCACCGCCCAGAUCCGCGGCGCCGUGGACCUGUCCCUCUACCCCCGGCCCGACGGCUUCUCCUCCCGCGAGCUCGUCAAGAAGGUCUCGGACGUCAUCUGGAACAGCCUCAGCCGCUCCUACUUCAAGGACCGCGCGCACAUCCAGUCCCUCUUCAGCUUCAUCACCGGCACGAAGCUUGACAGCUCGGGCGUGGCCUUCGCGGUGGUGGGGGCCUGCCAGGCACUGGGGCUGCCCGACGUGCACCUGGCGCUGUCUGAGGACCACGCCUGGGUCGUGUUUGGGCGCGACGGCGAGCAGACGGCCGAGGUCACCUGGCACGGCAAGGGCAACGAGGACCGGCGCGGCCAGACUGUCAGUGCCGGCGUCGCUGAGCGGAGCUGGCUGUACCUGAAGGGCUCAUACCUGCGCUGUGACCGGCACAUGGAGGUGGCCUUCAUGGUGUGCGCCAUCAAUCCCUCCAUCGACCUGCACACCGACAGCCUGGAGCUGCUGCAGCUGCAGCAGCGGCUGCUGUGGGUGCUGUAUGACAUGGGGCACCUGGAGAGGUACCCCAUGGCACUGGGCAACUUGGCUGAUUUGGAAGAGCUGGAACCCACGCCCGGCCGGCCAGACCCCCUCACCCUCUAUCACAAGGGCAUCAGCUCGGCGCGGCAGCACUACAGCAACGACCACAUCUACCCCUACAUGUACCUGGCCGGCUACCACUGCCGCAACAAGAACGUGAAGGAGGCCUUGCAGGCCUGGGCCGACACCGCCACCGUCAUUCAGGACUACAACUACUGCCGGGAGGACGAGGAGAUCUACAAGGAGUUCUUCGACAUCGCCAACGACGUCAUCCCCAACCUGCUGAAGGAGGUGGCCAGCCUGGCCGAGCCCCCCGAGGACAGGGGGCCUGGGGAGCGCCCCGAGGGGUCGCCGGUGCAGGGCGGGGGCUCGGCCCUGCAGGAUCCCGAGUGCUUCGCCCACCUGCUGCGCUUCUACGACGGCAUCUGCAAGUGGGAGGAGGGCAGCCCCACGCCCGUGCUGCACGUGGGCUGGGCCACCUUCCUCGUGCAGUCGCUGGGCCGCUUCGACGGGCAGGUGCGGCAGAAGGUGACGCUGGUGGCACGGGAGGCGGAGGCGCACGAGGACGAGGAGCCAGGGGCCGAGGACCCCCGCGAGGGCCGGCGCCGGGGUCCGCGGCGCGAGUCCAAGCCCGAGGAGCCACCGCUGCCCAAGAAGGUGCCUGAGCGCCGGCGUCCGCCACCCUCCACGCCUGCUGGUCCCCCCCGCGCCGAGGACGGCCCCCCUGCCCCCGCCCCUGCGCCGCCCGAGGGCCCCGUGCUGGCCUUCCAGAGCGAGAAGAUGAAGGGCAUGAAGGAGCUGCUGGUGGCCGCCAAGAUCAACUCCAGCGCCAUCAAGCUGCAACUCACGGCCCAGUCCCAGGUGCAGAUGAAGAAGCAGAAGGUCUCGGCUCCCAGCGACUACACCCUCGCCUUCCUCAAGCGCCCGCGCAAGGCCCUCUGACCCCCCACCCCAGCCUCCCUGGGGUGUCUGAGCCCCUCCCCAGGGGUCCCCCCCACACUUCCCUCUGGGUCUCCAGGCUCCCCCCAGGCCCCCCAGACUCCUCCAGGUCGGCCCAGCACUCCCACCCCCCAAGCCCCUGGGGUGCCCGAACCCCUCCAGGGGCCAGCCCUUGAGCUCUCCCCCCUGAGAUCCCGUUCCCGCCCCCCCCCCGGCCCCCCUGUGUUGCCUGACGAGGUACCCUCCCAGUGGGUCCCAGGACCCUUGCCCCCCACCAAGCCCACUUGCCCCACCCUGGGUCCCCCAAACCAGCUAUGGUCACCUGAGGUCAAUCCCUGACCCUCCCCAACAUGAGCCCUGGGACUGGGGGGCGCUUAUACACUGGGGGGGGGGGGGGGCUGCUCUGGCCGAGGGGCUUGACACCCUCCACCCCUCGCUGCUGGGACAGCUGGGCGGGCAUAGCCCCAAUGGCGGGGUUGCCUUCAACAAGCCCCCACUACCCCGGGGGCUGUGUGUGUGUGUGUGUGUGUGUGUGUGUGUGUGUGUGCGCGGGGGGUGGAGGGAAGCUGAGAAAAGAAAUUUUUGUACUAAAAAUGGUCUAUUUUUUUUUAACUCAAUAAAGGGAAUUUUGGGUCCCA